UAUAUCUCACUUUAACCUAUAUAUACCACAUUACCCCCCGCUGUUUUGUUUUAUAAGACUCCUAGCACAAUAUUGAUUACCACUUUUUUAUUACAAAAUCUACUCUCGAAGCCAUAUCACUGCCACUAUAGUGUCCCCUUAUCAUUGGCCAUGGCACCCCAUCUUGACGCACCAUCUCCCAGUGGAAGCUUCACGGUUGGCUUCGACGGGAUCCCCUUUCGACGUGCUACAUCUUCAGACGCAGUGAGAGACUCUCCAGCACUUGCCGAGUCACACUCCUCGUUUAGUAGCUUCUCUGAAAGCGAGUUGUUAGAUGAAGAUUUCCAUAUAACACGGCCACUGGUACCAGGCGUUUAUGUACCAACCCUUUGUUUUUUCGACCCGGAAACCGAAGACGUUGACAUCAAUACCAUCGCUCGCCAUGCGGUACGACUUGCCGAAGCUGGCGUGACGGGCCUUGCCACUCAAGGCUCUAACGGUGAAGCUGUUCACCUCACACAUGCUGAGCGUCAGCUAGUCACUCUCGCUACACGCAAGGCAUUAAACGAAGCUGGAUUCUCGCACAUUCCAGUUAUUGUCGGCUGCGGCGCUCAGAGCACUCGUGAGACUAUUCAGUACUGUCGCGAGGCAUGGGAAGCAGGGGGUGAUUAUGCCCUUGUGUUGCCCCCAUCGUACUACGCGCCUUUGUUUGCCCCGUCAUCUAAGACCAUUGAGCAGUACUUUACAACUGUUGCUGAUGCGUCUCCGAUACCCCUGAUCAUAUACAACUUUCCAGGCGCCGUAAAUGGCUUGGACUUAUCAUCUGACGUAAUCAUUAAGCUGGCACAGCAUCCCAAGAUUGUCGGCGUCAAGCUGACGUGCGGCAAUACGGGCAAAUUGAACCGUGUAGUAGCUGCCACACGGUCACAAUCUAAGCACUACGACCCAGACAAACCCGAAUUCCUAGUCCUGGCGGGCUCUGCCGACUUCUCGAUCCAGUCCUUAAUCGCGGGAGGACACGGCGUAUUAGCAGGUCUCGCAAACAUCGCACCGAAGGCUUGUAUUAAGACUAUCGAAUUAUAUAAAGCAGGCAAAUACUCCGAGGCCCAGAAAAUCCAGGAGAUCGUAUCACGGGGCGAUUGGACGGCCAUCCAAGGCGGCGUCCUGAGUGUUAAGGCGGGACUCCAAGCGUGGUCAGGUUACGGCGGUUUCGCACGAAGCCCGCUCCCAAAACCGACCCCAGAACAAACCAAAUCGUGGAAAGAGGGAUUCAAAGAACUGAUGCUACUGGAAAAGUCUAUUAUGGGUUGCCAACAUCCAAGGCUACAGCAGUGAAAAGACACAGCUAUUAGGAUCGUAUUUUGUUUAUGAUGAAGGGGUGCUCUGUUUAACUAAAAGUGCGUGAGGGUUACGCGUUUCUGGAUAUGUGUCAAAAACCCAAAAAGAAAAACCUAAAGAGUAAGGGGGCCCCUCUUGUCGGUUCAUGAUUUUCAUGCAGGAAAUUCGAAUGAGGCGUUCAGAAAGAAUAGCUGGGACUUGUCACUGGUCUCACCCAACUUUCUUUUGACCAAGGAUUGGUUACCUACGGCCCUCUCCUCUCGUUUGCUUUAGAUUAGCGAAGCCGAUGUAUGACCUAGAAGUCACCGCUGCAAUCGCUCGUGGCACGCCUCUCUCCCCGAUAAAAAGGGGCACAACGCUACAACUACCGUAUAUAUUUUGAAAAUAUCGAUAUAUAUUCCUGUGAAAAUGAAAAUUUAAAAUAUAUAACAUUCCCAC